GGAGGGGCGGGGGCGGGGCCGCCCGCCGGCCGCGGCAUUCGAAAGUCGCUUGGCGGGCAGGGCUUCCUCCUCGCCUCUUCCUCGUCGUCCUCCUCCUCCUCCUCUUCGUCCUCUUCCUCCGCCGGGGGUCCGCGCGGGGCUGUGCCGGGCCGCGCCUCAGCUUCUCGGGGCAAGUGCGCGCCUUGGCCGGUACGGGCUUGCGGAAGGGAAAUACGGGUGCUGACCCUGCUCGGUGCCGCUCGCCUCAGCGAUGGCAGCGUGGGAGGCCGCCGAAAUGUCCUUCAGUCUGAGCGGCGUGAGAGAGCGGAUGCGGGAGAAGAAAAAGGGUGCCUUGAGGACUGCGAAGUUGAAUGCCUCGCUUGCAUCAAAAAUCAAAACGAAGAUCAUCAACAACUCCUCCACGAUGAAAGUCUCCCUAAAGCAGAACAAUAAAGCACUGGCUCUGGCCCUCAAUGCAGAGAAAGCCAAUGCACAGCGGCUCACCCAGGAGAAGACCAUCUUACAGAAGGAGGUGAAGCAGUGCCACUUCCAGAAUGCUGUGCUGCGGCACAAGCUCUCCUUCCUGAAUAAUAUGUUGAAAAAAAUGGACAAUCUUAUGGCUGCAGUUAAGAUGGCUGAGCUGUCUGAGUUCUAUACAAAUUCUGCAUCCUUGUCCAGUGACCAGAAGAGCAGCAUGACUGAAGAUAGCUGGGCUGAUGAUGUUGCAGAUGGUCAGCUUCUGAGGGUUACACAGAUACCAAUGAGAGUGCCCAUUUCCAAGCUGCAUGAUGCAGAGCAGCAAGCUGACAGCUCCACAACAGUACAAACAUCCUCAGAACUUCAGAGACCUACUUCUAAUGCAGGAGAACUUCAGAGACCUGCUUCUAAUGAGCCCCUGAAAAAUGUGCCUGUUUCCUCCAAAGAUACUUUGCCACCACAGCAUGAUGAGGAGCCUCAGUUCCACCAGGAAGAGAAUGGCAAGAAGGUGACUGAAGCAAUGGCAGCAGAGGAGGCUUUUCACAACUCUUGCAUCUCUGGAGGAGUCUUGUGCACCACUGAGCAAAAUCCCAACAAUUUGCCAGCACUUGCCUGGGAAAGUCACACUCUUUCAUAUGAGGCUGAUGAGAUGGCAAAACAUUUCCUUGAUCGUCUCUCACAAGGGCACAUUACUCAGAGGAGAAAGCGUUCAACCCUGUUUGCUACAAGCACUCCAUCUUCUGCUCUGGAUAUCCUCCCACGUGUCAGUUCCACUCAGGCAGCUUGGGGCAGUACUGCACAGGACAACAGCAGCUCCAGCAAGAGCAACACACAGCAACAGCUGAGAUCCUCCAGCCCCCUGGCUUCACCUGCUCCAGCUGCUGUUAUUUCUCAUAGAAACUCUGUGGGUAAAGAGACCUUUUGUGAGCAGCCACAGACAAAAGAAAUGGGGCAUGGUGUUGAAAUGGGCCCUAGCUAUAGCCAAGUCCCUGAGUUUGUUCCUGUAAAGGUUAAAAUCAAAGAUAACUCUAAAACUGGAGAGAAAAAGACUGUUAAAAAAACAAGAACAGGAAAAAAGAAAACAACUGCAAUUAAAGACAAUGCAGAAAGUAGUCCUGAUAGAUCUCAAGGUGAAGAGUGUGCUCAAGACGCAGAGAAGCUUCUUCAGCCAAAAGCUGCAACAUGUUCCAGUGAGACUGAAGUCUGUGAGAUGGGGCAGAAGGUGUGUGAGAGGGCUUUUGACAGGAAGGAUAGAGACUGUGGUGUGGAGCACCAUUCCCACUCUCCUGCUGAAGUGCAAGACUUUGGAAGUACAGAUGAGGUGAAUCCAGCACAGCUGCAGAGUCUUGAAAGUGUUGACUUAAUGCAACAGGUUAAGAAGGGACCUGUCUCUGAGACAGGAAGUAUGGAGAGUUUGCCAAAAGUCCCAGUUGAUACCUUCUCAUGUCAUGAAGUUCCCUCCGGUGAUUCCAGUCUACAAAAUUCUACAAAAUUCUCAAGUGUGAGCAGAAAGAGCAUCAGACAGAAAGCCAAUAGAAAAACUAGAGUGAUUGGGCAAAGAGAUGAUUCUGAUGAGGAAUAUCUGCCAAACUGUGUGAUAAUACCAGAGACCAAAGCUGAAGAGCAGCCUAAAAGAAGCCAAACAAGCAGGAAGACUACUGUUAGGAGAAGCAAUUGUGAUAAGAGAAAUGAAGUUAAUGCUUUUAGGCCCUGGAUAGAUGCUCAAGGAGUAGCUAAUGAGAACACAAAGGAUUUGCCAGGUAACCUUAAACAGCGCAGGGAAACUUAUAUUGUCCAUCCUCUGAAUGUUGCAGGAAAAUUGGGUUGUUUCCAGACAGAAUUUAAAGGGGGUGAAAAUGUACCUCCCAAGUCUGUUCCUGCAAGCAAAAUCCCUAGAGCUGCUAAGAGCAAUCAAAAGAGCAAUAAAAACCAGACCGGGGGCCUUCAAGAAAAAGGGCAAGGUAAAGUUGACAGCAACGUGAAUGCUUUGAAAAAAGAAGCCUCUUGCAAACCCAAGCCUCAGAGGAAUAGGAACAACUCUCGACCUCCAGAGGCUGAUUCCCUGGCUAGAAAAAGUGAUGGUGCCAAGGUUCUCAUUGGAAGUUCCACAGAACUUGCAUCCAAGCAAACUGUCCUGAUGGGGAAGUUUUCCUGCAUUACACAUCUGCUGUCUGAGCCAGAUGCUUUCCUGGAGGAGCAGCUACCUGAGAUAUCACUUGCAGAUAGUCUUACAGACCUUUCACACAGUCUUGAAUCUUCCCAUGUGAGCAGUUCUGCAGUUUUGCCUGUCAGCUCCAGACUUACAGAAGUACCAGUUUCCAAGAGAUUAAGUACUCAGGGCAACAGAAUGCCAGCAAAAUCCCCUGUUUGGUUGAAAAACUCCCUGAUAUUUAAGGAAAAGACUGCAGAAGAAAUACCUGGGGAAAGGAACAAAGUGCAGUCAAGUUCUUGGAGCUCACCUUCACAGGAACCUGAUAUCAGGCCACUACGGGACUUGAACAAUGCCAGGGGUCUGUCUCACUCUGGCUCGGAGGAAGCAUCAGGGCGCUCAUCCAGGCGGAAACGGAAACCAACCUGCUACAAAGAGCCAUCAGUCAAGAGGAAACUGAGGCAGGGUGACCCAUUUACAGACACUGAGUUCCUCCACUCUCCUCUCUACAAAAGAAAAAAGAAGCUUGUCAAAAUCGAGGGAAUGACCAAGAUGAAAGAGAACAAAGAAUGGCUUCCUGAAGGAUGUCUCAGUGCUGAGGCAGGCAAAUUCAUCACAACAGAAAGGAUUCAGGACUAGCAGAGUGGUUGAAAGGCAGCCCCCAAGCUCCUAGAAGCUCGUGUGUUUAGCAGCAAGGCUACAACUUUGAAUACAGAGGCCUGAGUAAAGAUGGAGGUGGCUGACCAGGCAGCUGAACUAUUCCAACUAAGGAAACCCAAGGACCAGUUUGACAAAUUGAGCCUUGUACCAUGGAUUUCUUCUGUUUUCAGAUCUUUGGGACUCAUGAGGUGGGAAAAUGGUUGACACAAAUUGAUGGAUGUCUGUUUUAAUGAUGGGCAUGGCCCUUAUGUGCUGUAUGAUUAGCCCUUAGCUAUCUUCUGCUUCCUUGCUGUUCUCUCCCCCUAUCUGCCAUGUAAAUCUCCCUGCAGCAGAAGAUGAGCCCCAUACCAACCAACAUUAAGGAAUAUUUGAAACAUAGGGUGCUCAGGACCAGACCUAAGCAUGUCUUGUCUCAAACAGCCUGAGUUUUGCUACAGGAAAGGUGAUCAGAGGAGAGGGUCCUGCGGGACAGAGCUGUUUAAAAGCAUCUUCCUUUUUCCUCACUCCUGGCCCUUGUUAAAAAGUACCCCUUCUUGUAACCCCUUGAGGUACUGCAAAGUGCAAUAAGGUCUCCCUAGCACCUUCUGUUUUCUAGGCUGAACAACCUCACUCUCUCAGCCUGUCUUCAUGGGAGAGGUAUUUCAGCCCUCUGAUCAUCUUUGUGUCCCCCCUCUGGCUUUGCUUGAGUAGGUCCAUAUCCUUCUGAGCUGGAAAACACAGAGCUGGACACCAGUACUCCAGGUGGUGUCAGUUGUGUUUCAGGAAAUCCUGUACUCUUCCACUGCUGAUUGAGCACCCACUGGCUUCAAGCACUUGUUUCUCUGAGGGUCUACUGGUGUGACUUUGAAGGUUAUUGAUUCUCAGUGUUUGAGAGAAUGGUGGGGAAAAGAAGGGAUCAGACUGGUAGUGAAAGGGAAGGAAAUGUGCCUGUUUGGAAGCAGGGAAAGUGUUUCCUCUUUGUGACAGAGCAGGGGGAGGGCAGCUCUUUUCUUCCGACCAUACUUACUGCUUCUCCUUAGCACCUCAGCAACAUCCAUCAGUUCGUGAGGAUAGGCUGGGUCUUACUGUACUCUGUACUCAGAGGAUUCUACAAGAUGGAAGCUUCAUUAGUAGAGGGAAAAGAGGGUCACCUGUAGUCAGGUAAAUGCUACUAUAUAGAUUACAUUUAAAGCUGUACUGUUAAGUUAUUAAAACUAGGAAACAAAAAGCCUAAGAUUCAAAAAUGCUCUCUUAUUUAUUUGUUCCGUUUUCUGGAAGUUACCAAGCUUUCUCUGGUACUCUGUAACUCUGGGAGACAGGUAGGAGCUAGUAAACAACAGGGAAUUUGUUAUAGGUGCUGUUGUAUUAGCACCUGCCUGUGUUGACCCACUGCUGUCAGAAACCGGCAGGAACACCCAUCUCCAACUGUUCCCAGUAAUUGUUUCCAUUGCCCCUAUGGGUCAGAAAUGGGACUUUUUCCAGCUGCACUGAUGUGCUGGUGCAAAUACCAGAAUAGUAGACUGUAUUCAUUCACAUUGAAGGUACAGAGACAGCUGCUAGCAGUUACAGAGCUGUGCUUCAAACACAUGGUAAUACUAGCUCCUUUAAUCUAACAGUGGUAUCUCUAUCCUAAUCACCACCUGUAGCAGACAGCUGGAGGGUGAGAGUUUGUUCAUGUGUAACCAGUUUCUGUUUUGCUGAGUGAUGUGUCAGUUUGUAUUACUCCCCAAAUAAAAUUUCAAUGCAA